GAAAUUUGACGAAAAAAAAAAAAAAAAAAAAAAGCUUGACGUCGCGGUGGUGCGAUGCGUGCGACGAGCUCGAUAGCGCUAGCAAGAGCAGCAGACGCAGGGAGCCAGCAUUGGCUGCAGCCUCGAGUAAAAGCAUCCUUGGAUCCUCCAGUUCGGAGUCUCGCUGCGUCGCCUCGUCGUACGUAAUAUUCAUAAAAAGCUAGCACUGCGGCCAAGCCGAGGAGGACCGGCUUUUUUGCUGCGACGCCGGUGCUGUUUAAUACCGCUGCUAUCAACCCCCUUCGGAGUGGACGAUCGAGCCACCAAUUUCCGUCCUUUUUCCUUUUGCCCGGGAGCACGAGAGACCACAUAAAUCAGCAGUCAUGGACUGGCGGCGGACCCUCCUGACGAUUCUACUGAUGACAAUAGCGAGGCACAGCACCAUCAGCACCACGGAGGCGGCACAGAUACCACCGCUGUCUACUGUAGCGGUAGCCACUGGAGGAAUGGUGUCGAUAGCGGACACGGUGCAGAUAGAGUGCGCCCGGGAAUCGAUAAUCGUGCAGAUCUCGACGGAGGGCAACGCCAACUUCCACGGGUUCGUCUAUCCCCGGGGUUUAUCGAAGAACAGCUCGUGCCUGCACGAGUACAGGAGCCAACCGGCUCCCAUUACCUACACCCUACCCUUAAGGUCCUGCAACACCAUGCCCUCCGAACUGCACACCGAAGGCAGGAUGAACGACCGGGAAUGCGGAAAAGUCAAGCGUGUGGUUGGUCUCCAGUUUGACACAUUCCAUACGGUCCCGUGGUCGUAG